AUGCCGACGCCGAGGAUGAAGAAGCAGAACGUGCGGACUCUGUCGCUCAUCCUGUGCAUGUUCUCCUACUUGCUGGUGGGCGCCGCGGUGUUUGACGCGCUGGAGUCGGAGACGGAGAGCUCCCGCAGGCGCAUCUUGGAGCAGAAGCGCAACGAGAUGAAGAAGAAGUACCGCUUCUCCGAGCACGAUUACCGCGAAAUCGAGCGCGUGGUGCUGCAAGCUGAGCCUCACCGCGCCGGGAGACAGUGGAAAUUUGCCGGCUCUUUUUACUUUGCCAUAACAGUCAUCACCACCAUUGGCUAUGGGCAUGCAGCACCGGGCACAGAUGCGGGAAAAGUCUUCUGCAUGUUCUAUGCCGUGCUCGGCAUUCCCCUGACUUUGGUGAUGUUCCAGAGCCUGGGAGAAAGAAUGAACACGUUUGUCCGCUAUCUCUUACACAAGCUGAAGCAGUGCCUCGGCUGUCGGCGCACCGAGGUAUCCAUGGAGAACAUGGUGCUGGUGGGCUUCCUGUCCUGUAUUGGAACUCUGUGUGUGGGAGCUGCAGCCUUUUCUCACUUUGAGGGAUGGAGUUUCUUCCAUGCGUACUACUACUGCUUCAUCACUCUUACCACCAUUGGCUUCGGGGACUUUGUGGCCCUGCAGAAAAAAGAGGACCUUCAGGAGAAGACGCCCUAUGUGGCUUUCAGCUUCAUGUACAUCCUGGUGGGGCUGACCGUCAUCGGGGCGUUUCUUAAUUUGGUGGUUCUGCGUUUCCUCACCAUGAACACUGAGGAUGAGAGGAGAGAUGCCCAAGAGAGGGCCUCACUGAAGAGAGACAGAGGCCGUUUGGAAGGGGCCCUGGGCCUCCGGGCGGUAGGGGAGUGGAGCAGGGACAGCCACAGGGAGCGGAACAGGAGCAGCACGGUGCACAGUCACAGACACAGCACACUCUUUCUCCCAAUGGAGGAAGGAACGAGUCGCACCAACCUCAUCUCGUCCCCACUGGAGGACCAGCAGAAUCGGGGAAGUCCGUGCCGACACAGACUACAUUUUCAGAUCAAGGCUGGCAGAAAGAAGCAGGAGUCCAGCCUCAGUUCCCUCUGCUCCUCCUGUGUGUGCUAUCGCCUGGAGGUUUGCGACAGCCCCCUCAUGGCACGCAGGGAGCACCAUAGCUGCCGCGUCAAUUCUGUUUACCACAACUCAGUGUCUUACAGGAUCCAAAGCGGCUCGCCAAGGUCCCAGAACAACACUGGAGUCUCUUCCCCGGGAAGCACGUUGUCACCCGGGCACAGCUUCCAGGAGUUUCCUCGUUUAAGGAGAAAGUCACUGUAACAAGCUAAACCGCGUGCACAGACAGUAAACUUUGUGCAUGUCAGAUGAUCCAAAUUCCGCUUGAUUGAUAUACCGUCUAUUGCGGACAUUGAAAAUACUUUUAUUUGUGAAGCAAAAAUAUCAUUUCCACAUUAUUCUGUAGGUGAUCCUGCUGUUUUGCACAUGGACCGAAGUGCAAUGCAUGCUCAAAGAAUGUAUAGCACACAAUGUGAAUGCAUGAGUGCUAAAUUCAGAUAGGAGAUGUCUUUAUCUGCAGUUUGAAAAAAGUAUUUUGGAUAUACUACUCAUGAUUAUUCAACUUUUCAGUGAGGGUACAUUGAAUGCCCUCUGGGAGCUCUGCUCCUGCUUAGACAAAACUCUGAACAUCUCAUACCAUAGCACUAAGAUGUCAUUAUACUUUUAUAUGCCUUAGAGAACUUUCAGCAAGCACAUGAAAUAUGCGACUU